AACAAACCUAUGUGUUGAAGGAGAAUCGAUGAACAGAAGAGGAUUGGACAUGAUGAACACCACCAGGUCCCUCUAUCUACUCUCUUCCUCGCUCAAAUCAAGUAUACAUUGCGAAUCCUUCAUUCCAUCCUCAUCUAUAUAUGGAAUUGGAGGUUUCAUCGCCUCAGCAUCUGGAUAGUUCCCAUAUUUCGAUCGAUCUGUUCGUAUCCAAGAAGCACAUCGGCGGCGGCCUCAGAUUCACCGACGCCUCUAGCUGCCUCGUCUUCCAAGUCCAGAAACUCCCAUCCCCUGGUUCCGAACAUCGACGAGUCCUAAUCGAUGCCGCCGGCAAUCCACUCAUUUGUUUGCACCAUGACAAAGAUGGAUCUUGGAAAGGGUAUAAGGGUAAUGGGAGUGAAGAGAAGGAUAUGAUAUUCAAAGUAUGGAUGACUGUUAAUUCGUUUAGUCACAAAGAAUUUAAAGUAUCCAUUAUAGGUGAUGAAAAUGGUUCUGGUUCGGACUCUGAAUCAGGUUUUAGGAUGAAAGGUUCACAGUUCCACAGAUCGUUCAUGGUGUAUAAUCAGAAUUCAAUAGUGGCACAGAGCAGCUUGAUGCACAAACUCGGAAUAGGGAAGCAUUUCAUUCCAAGAAGCAAAUUCCGAUUGACCAUCUUUCCAGGUUUCAAAGAUCAAGCUCCUCUUAUUGUAGCUCUUACUGUUAUAUUCUUCCACGGUCGAAGAUUAUGGAUUUAAAUCUAUCGCCACCACCCCAUCUGUCGAAGAUUAUGAUUCUUUUCAGCCAAAUGUUAGCUAGCUUUUGAAUUAAUAUCAAUGGCAAUUUGAGAAACAAAUACAUUUAUUUUUCUUUCAUUUUUUUAAUAAAAUGAAUUAUAUAUUUUUUCUUGAA